AUGGGAGUCACUGGACUGUGGAGGCUUAUUGAGCCCGCAGGCAAACCAGUGCCUAUAGAGACUUUAGAAAACAAAGUUUUAGCCGUCGAUAUAUCAAUAUGGUUACAUCAGAUGGUUAAAGGUUACCAAGACGCAAAAGGAGCUCCUAUACCGAAUGCUCAUCUUAUAGGACUAUUCCAGCGUCUUUGUAAACUAUUAUAUUUUAGAAUAAAACCAGUUUUUGUUUUUGAUGGUGGAUUCCCUGAAUUAAAGAAAGAAACAAUUGCUAAGAGACAAGACAAUAAAUCUAAAUAUAAUUCAGAAUCUGAACGUUUAAAAAGAGAAAUUGCUCUCUUGCUUGGAAAGAAAACGGCUAUCAGUAGUUUGUUGGGAAAAAAAAUAUCUCCAAAGAAAUCUGGUAUAAAUGAAGAAAAUGAUGAUGAUAUAUUUAAGUUACCUGCUCUAUCUCAAAGAGAUGAGGAAACAGAAUCUGAUUCUGAAGAUGAACAAAAUUCAAGUGCCUCAACAGUUGAUUUGCAUACAGUUGAUGUUGAAUCUGAUAGCUUUAAGAAUUUACCAGCAAAGGAAAAAUAUGAUUUACUUGUUGAAUUAAAGGAAACCAGAAAAAUGAAUUCAUGGGGGAAACUUCAUACAUUACCAAAGAAAAGUGAUAAUUUUUCUGAUUUUCAGAUGCAAAGAUUAUUGAAACGUCGUAAAAUUCAGGAAUGUCUUGAAGAAACUGAAAAAGAAAUAGGAGAUGGCAGUAUGUCUAUAAAUGAACUGGAGUCAUUAUUAAAUGAAGAGGGUAUUGAUACAAAAAUUGAAAGCUUACCUACACGUCGUAUUGCCGCUAAUAACACGACAAGAUUCUUACUUAUUAACAAUGUUAAAGAAGCAAUAGCAGAAGCUAAAAAGAAUCAGGAAUUACUACAAAAGAAAGAUGAAUUAGAACAAGAAAAUAAUUUGGAGCAGAAAGUUGAUAAAAAUUCAACUACUGAAGAAGAUGAAUUGCAAAUGGCAAUUAAAAUGUCGCUGGAAUGUGUUGAUGAAGCUAACAUAAGUGCUGCUACCAAAACUGAUGAAUCUUGGACUUCAUUUUUAUCAGACUCAGAAUAUUCAAAUUCCUGUUCAGAAGAUGAUGAAAGUUAUGACCAUCCAGACAUGUCUUCAGCUAAAGCAUAUAUUAUGCAGUAUAGUGAUUUUACAAAUAGGGCUAUUGAUAAUAUUGUAAAUUCAAAGAAAAGUGAUAAUAAAAGUAAGAUCAAAGGACCUAAAAUCGAUAAAAUAAUUGAAGAUCUCAAAGCUGAAAAAUCAGUUAUAGUAGACAAAGUAAAUCUUUCUUCUGACGAAGAAGAAGUGUUUGCUGGGAGUUCAAUAGCACCCGAACUUAAUAAAAAAAAUUAUGUUCUUUCAAAUAAUCAAGUCAUGGAUACAAGUCAAGCAUCAAUAAUCUGCUUACAAAGUCUUUCAGAAAACGUCAUAGAACUAGAAACGAGCACCGAAGAAGAACCAAUUGAGAAACAAGAGUCAAACAUUUGUUCCAAUAUUAGCGAGGAUAAAGUUAAAAAUCAAACAGAGGUUGAUUCAACUGAUAGCGAAUUUGAGGAAGUGCCGGAAAAGGAUUGUAAAGCACAACAACCUGUUGUUGAACUCACACUUAAUAUGGGAGAAGCUCCUGAUGAUGAUAUAUUUGCCGAUGUUUUUGAAGAUAAAGGAGCCAGUAUUUCAACAGGGCAGAGGAAAGAAAAUGAUUUUAAAAACUCCAUUACCACUGAUUUCGUGAUAAAAGCAGACCCUCUUAUAGAAGUAAUGCCAAAUGAAAAUAGUAAUAAAGAUAAAUUUGAUGUGGUUAUAGAUGAACAACCACAAGUUACAAAUAAGGAUAAAAUUGUUAUGGGCUCCAUAGUUCCAUCAAGACCCGAAAACUUUGAUGAAUUUAAGCAACAAUACUUAGAAGUAACAGAUAAGAAUAAUAUAAGUAAGGAAAAUGAUGUUAGAGAUACUGGAAUUAUAAGAGACAAUACUGAAAAAUUAGAAAAUGAUGGGAGCCUUGAAGCAAAUCAGGUAUCAAAGAAACAAUUGUCAUCUGAUGAUCUAAAUUCAAUGAUGACUGAAAUGCAGAACAACGAGAAUGAUUUGUUACAAGAAAAAGGAAGAAUGGAUAGAAUUGGUCGCAAUAUUUCAGAGCAGAUGACGAAAGAGGCACAGGAGUUGCUGCAAAUAUUUGGUAUUCCAUACAUUGUUGCACCAACAGAAGCCGAGGCGCAAUGUGCAUUUCUCGAGAGUAUACAUUUAACAGAUGGAACCAUAACCGACGACAGUGAUAUAUGGCUAUUUGGCGGUAGAACGGUUUACAAGAAUUUUUUCAACCAGAAAAAGCAUGUGUUGCAGUUCUUAUCUGAGAGAAUAGAGAAAGCCUUUAAUUUGACCCGGGAGCAGUUAAUAUUGCUAGCCUUAUUAGUGGGCAGUGAUUACACAACAGGAGUACCCGGAGUAGGGCCUGUGACUGCUUUAGAAAUUUUAGCAUCAUUCCCGUUCAACCGUAGACAGCUACUUAACGAAACGUCUAAACAGGCACAGUACCUUCAAAUCAUAGCUGGAUUACAAGAGUUUAAGAAAUGGGUACGAGCAGGAAAAAGGACUGACAAUACAAGCCUUAAGAAAAAGCUGAGAAAUGUUCAAUUAACUGAAGAUUUUCCAAGCAUCAGGGUAGUUCAAGCCUAUCUGGAGCCUAAGAUUGAAAAGAGUGAAGAAAAAUUUACUUGGGGUCAUAUAGAUAUAACAAUUUUACGAGAUUAUGCGAAACAGAAAUUUGGCUGGUCUCAAAAUAAAUUGGACGAAAUAAUUAAACCAGUAUUGGGCAGAUUAACAGAACGUAAAACACAAAAAUCUCUUCAAGAAUAUUUUAAGAAAAAAAUUGAAUUUCAGUCCCUGGAGGAACAAAUGAGUAAAAGAGUGAAAGCAGCAGUACAAAAAAUGGGCCCAGAAAAUACCACAGAGAUUAGGGAGGUACAAGAUACAAAACCUAAAUUAAAGUCAAAGAGAAAAGCUAACAAAGUAAAAGAGCUUGAAGAGUUUUCAGAUUCUCAGAGUAUAGCUCAACCUUCCACAAGUAAAAAGAGAAAAGAUAUUAAUAGUCAACUUGUCACCAAAACUGUUAAAGUUUGUGAUGGGGGUGGAAAAGAGUUUGAAAUAAUCAUCCCUAAAACUGACAGGUACCAAGAAGUCAUACCCCAAAGAGAAAAAGAUAAGCAAGAUAUUCUUCAAAAAAAAAUGAAAGCUAUAGAAAUUUUUAGAAAAUCGAAAAUCGAUAAGAAAACUAAACGCACGAAAAGAAGUGUCAAGGUCCCUAAAGAAAAUGCAGACCUCUCGGAAAGUAGUGAUGAAAAU